AUGGCGCAAAAAGUCGACCACUAUGCGCCCAAACUGGUCGAAAAAGCCGACAAGCUCCAAAAUCGUCUCAGCAUGAAGGAAGAUUCGCACCAGCCUGCCGGAGGCUUCGAUGCGACUCCUAUCCCUCCCGCCCCACCGGGAUAUACCCUCAAAUUCACUUUCCACCGUGGUGUUGACCUUCCGGUCGCCGACUUUGGCAGUUUCUCCUCAGACCCGUAUGUCUUUGCGCAACUCUCCGUCGACCUGCCCCGACGCCAUAAGCAAGAUACGCCGAUUCGAUUUCGCACGCCCACAAUACGCAAGGACAUGAAUCCAGUCUGGGAAUGCGAAUGGAUUGUCGCGAAUGUGCCCGCUUCGGGCUUCCAACUGAAAGCCUAUGUCAUGGACGAGGAUCCCGCGGAUCACGACGAUAAAUUGGGAAUCGCUUUUAUUGAUGUUGGACGACUGUCGGAGGAUUGGCCUGGGUUUAAGGAGCAGCCGUUUAAGAUUAAAAAGAGGUUUGGCAGUAAGCGCGUUUAUGUCUUUACCAAUGUUUCCGCGUUUGCGACGGGUCAUCAUAAGGAAUCGUUCCUGAUUGCGAGUAUUGAAUGUCUUGGUCGGACUCCUGGCACUGAGGGGGGUCAGAUGUAUACUGCUGGCCCUAAUCAUUGGUUCAAGCACUUUUCUCCUCUUAUUGGGCGGUUGGCUGGGACGAAGGAUCGGGUUGAGACGACGGAUGGGAGUGGGAAGGCAAUUAGCCGAUACAACUUCCAGGCCAUUCAAAUACAACUUUCCGGGCCUGUCCCUUCAGGACUCUACCACCGCUACGUCGAAUUCAGACCCUUUAUAGCAGGCAUGUUCCAAGCGCAAAGUCUUCGAGGAAGAAUCCUACACAAAGCCCUACACCACCAACACCAACGAAUCUACAACUUCGACCGAACCACCCUCCACGGCGUAUUUCCCGAACCCUGCCACGAAUUUACGCAAAAGUUCCUCGAAUUCGUGAGCUACGGCCAGGGCGGACGAAUCUUCACUUACGUGAUUACGCUGGAUGGACAACUGCGAUUCACUGAGACUGGCAAGGAGUUUGGCGUCGAUAUGCUGAGUAAACACACGAUGCAUAGUGAUGUAUCGAUUUAUAUCGCGUACUCGGGUGAAUUUUUCAUUCGGCGACGCGUGCUUCGGAGUCGACACCGAUCUCGAUCGCAGUCACCGUCGCAGUCACCGCGUAUUGAGGGUGGCAUUGCCGUUGACGAGGAUGAUGAUGACCAUGCCGACCACGACCACGAGAAUAUCUCGAUGUCGCAGGAUACUUCGACUGAUCCGGACGACUAUGAGCUAUUCAUCGAUAACGAUAGUGGAACAUACAGACCUAACUCGGCAAUGUUGCCGGAGCUGAAAAAGUGGCUAGCGAGCAAUUUCCCGGGCCUUCAUAUUACGACAUUGGGUAGUCAAGAGGAUGCGGAAUUGAUGGGUGAGAUGAAGGAUGAACAGAGGAAUUUCAAGAAAGAGCAGGGUCAUCUUAUCACGUAUCUCCAGCAGAGCUCUGCGUCUUCGCUGUCGAUUUCGAGCUCGGAUGAAGAUGAGCUUAAUGGUCGGACUGCUGAGCCUUCGACUGCUAAAAAGCGGGGGGAUCUUUCGCGCAAGGUUCAUGAGAUGCGUGAUGUUAAGGGGCAGAUGAUGCGGUGGGUUGAGGCGGAUGGUCAUGCGGACAAGUCGAAGGCGAAGGCGAACACGAAGGGUCAGCAUGUGUCUGGCCGUGAACGAUCGUUUUCGACUGGUUAG